AGCUCUUCUUUCCCUCUUGUGGAAGUAGCAAACGUCGCGGCGACUUCGCAAGUGAAUUGUUUUUCAUGCCAAGUGGAAGUGUAAUAUGAGGCGGAGUUAAUGCCCACCAGUUAAUGCCAAAAAAGGGGAAUCAUCCAACGGGAGUGCAAACAAGUCGACCGUUAUUAAACGUACAGACCUGGAUGGCGGCAUAAUUUUUUGCUGCUUUGGUUUCUCCCAGUUUGCCACUUUUUUUUUUCUUUUCUUUUUUUGCGCCGCUUUGCCCUCGCCAGUGAGGUGAAGGAAGCGCUACAAAGGGGAUACCUCCGUAGGGAACACCUCCACAGGGAAUACCCCCAAAGGGAACACCUCCUCCACCUCGCCUCUUCAAAAUGAGCCACUUAAUGUCGCUGCCCAUCGUGCUGCUGAAGGAGGGCACGGACAAAGCCCAGGGGAAGAGCCAAAUCAUCCGGAACAUAAACGCGUGCCAAAUUAUCGUGGACAUCAUAAAGACGACCCUGGGGCCGCGCGGCAUGGACAAGCUGAUCUACACGGAGAAGGACGUCACCAUAACGAAUGAUGGGGCGACGGUGAUGAAUCUGCUGAGCAUUUCCCACCCCGCCGCGUGCAUCCUAGUGGACAUAGCCAAAUCGCAAGAUGAAGAGGUAGGAGACGGAACCACCUCCGUGGUAGUAGUAGCAGGAGAGUUACUAAACGAAGCUAAGCAAUUACUAAACGAUGGAAUAGAACCCAAUAUGAUAAUCGAUGGGUUCAGAAAUGCAUGCACAGUGGCAAUCAACAAGUUGAAUGACCUAAGUCUCAGGUUCGUUAGCAAAAGUGAAGAGGAAAAAAAAGAAAUCCUAAUCAAGUGUGCCCAGACGGCAUUAAACUCCAAGCUGGUUUCGAACCACAAGGCCUUCUUCAGUGAACUGGUGGUAAACGCGGUCUUCAAAUUGGGAGAUAGCAUAGACAAAUCAAACGUAGGAAUUAAGAAAGUCACAGGAGGGUCUUGCCUAGACACACAGCUCAUCUACGGAGUGGCAUUUAAAAAAACGUUCUCCUACGCUGGGUUCGAACAACAACCCAAAACGUUUCUGAACCCAAAAAUUCUGCUCCUAAAUGUAGAGCUUGAAUUGAAGGCAGAAAAGGAGAAUGCAGAGGUGAGGAUAGAUAACCCUAGUGACUAUAACUCCAUUGUGCAGGCGGAAUGGGAAAUUAUUUUUAAAAAAUUAAAUUUAAUAAAAGAGAGUGGAGCUAAUAUCGUCUUGUCCAGACUCCCCAUUGGAGAUAUCGCCACUCAGUUUUUUGCGGACAAUGAUAUCUUCUGCGCAGGCAGAGUGGAAGAUGCGGAUUUGAAACGAACGGCCAACGCAACGGGUGCCAUCGUGCAGACAUCCCUGUUUAACUUAAAUGAAGGCAUAUUAGGCACCUGUGGAGUCUUCGAAGAGGUGCAAAUUGGCAAUGAAAGGUACAACAUUUUUAAAGAGUGUCUGAAGACCAAGUCAGUUACCAUCAUCUUGAGGGGAGGUGCUAGCCAAUUCAUUGAGGAGGUGGAGAGAUCCAUUAACGACGCCAUUAUGAUUGUGCUCAGAUGCAUGGGCAACUCCGAAAUCGUUCCCGGAGCGGGUUCUAUAGAGAUGCAAUUAUCUAAGCAUCUUCGCAUUUACAGUAGAUCCAUUUGCAACAAGGAGCAGAUUGUUCUCUACUCCUUCGCGAAAGCGUUAGAGUCCAUUCCCAGACACCUGUCGCACAACGCUGGCUAUGACUCAACGGAUAUUCUGAACAAACUCAGGAAGAAACACUCCGAAGAGACCAGCGACAUCUGGUAUGGGGUGGACUGCCACGAGGGGGACAUCAUCAAUGCGUAUGAGCACUGCAUCUUCGAGGUUACCAAAAUCAAGCGGAACGUAAUUUACAGCGCCACCGAGGCCGCCUGCCUCAUCCUCUCCAUCGACGAGACGAUAAAGAACCCCGCCAGCAACGCGGACAAGGGCCCGCGCAACCCCUACGCCUGAGGGGGGGGGCGGC